AUGUCUUUACUGAUGCUGCUUGGAAAGAUAUUUCUUUGUUUGGUAACUCUAAUUAUGCAGGGUUAUAACAACAUGAAGAUAACCCAGUUCUGGCAGAAGCUGCGGCAAGGCGAUACCCUGAAAAUUACCCUGGCCACUGGACCAUCAGGGAUAGUCUUAAUGCUUUCAUCAAGCACACUAAGGAAGCUGAUCCUAGAGUAUUCAGGAUUAGUAGGUCAAGCAACAAGGGUGCCCAUAGGCAAGCUGAAGAUGGUUACAACCUUCAUAAUGCCGGAGCUUGUAUUUUCACUUGUCAACCGGACGGGCCGCGUGCUCGCGCUCAGCCUCCGGGACGCGCCGGGCGGGGCCGAGCUCGACGACAGAGGGAACUACGAGGGGGCGCUCGCCGGCCGGAUAAGCCCCUCGCUCCUCUCCCUCUCGCGGCUGCGGCACCUGGACCUCAGCCGGAAGUACCUCGAGGGCUCCCCCGACGCCGCCCUACCGGCCUUCUUGGGCGGCCUCCGGAGCCUGCGCUACCUCAACCUCUCCGGCAUCUACUUCUCCGGCGAGGUCCCGCCGCAGCUGGGAAACCUCUCGAGGCUGCGCUCCCUUGACCUCUCAAGCGACUUCGGCACGCAGCUCCUGCGCUCGUCAGACCUCUCGUGGCUGGCGCGUCUGCCAUCGCUGCGGCACCUCAGCCUGAGCUCGAUCGACAUGAGCAGAGCAAUGGACUGGCCUCGGGCGGUGAGCAUGCUCCCUUCACUCAGAACCCUCCAUCUCUCUUCCUGCUCGCUUCCAAGCACGAACCAGUGGCAACUUCCGGCGGCAGGCUUGUGUAACCUCACAAAUCUUGAGGAGCUGGAUCUCUCUAUGAACCGCCUCAACCACCCGGCCGCAUCCUCCUGGUUCUGGAACGUGACAAGCCUCACUCACAUCAACCUCAUGGAAACCUUCCUGUCCGGGCAGCUCCCUGAUGCACUGGACGCCAUGGCGUCCCUUGAGAUUCUUGAUUUCUCAUAUAAUGGAAACAUGGCUACCAUGCCAAGAAGCUUGAGAAACCUCUGCAACCUGAGGUACUUAGACCUGGAGUCGAGCCUCGUAGGCGGCCAGGACAUGGGCAAGCUGAUGGAAAGCCUGCCGCAGGGAUGCCCAUCCAACAUGUUGCAACAAUUGUACCUAGCAAACAAUGGUGUAUGGUUGGAACCUUGGCAAAUUACAAGAGUUUGAGGCACCUGACUGGUGGGUUGCAAGUUCUUG